GCCACGACCGAGGCCUGAUUCGAGAGAGCGGACGGCGGGCGGUCGUAGCUACAGCCCGGGCGCCGCGCGGGCUGGUGGGCCCCGCACCUUCCUCCUCCGCGUCGCCGGUGCCCUCGGACAUGGUGGCCCCCGGCUCCGUGACCAGCCGGCUGGGCGCAGUGUUCCCCUUCCUGCUGGUCCUGGUGGACCUGCAGUACGAAGGUGCUGAAUGUGGAGUAAAUGCAGAUGUUGAGAAACAUCUUGAAUUGGGCAAGAAGUUACUUGCUGCUGGACAACUAGCUGAUGCUUUAUCUCAGUUUCAUGCUGCAGCAAGAUUACAGAGAGGUCAUUUAUUACUCAAACAAGGAAAACUUGAUGAAGCAGAAGAUGAUUUUAAAAAAGUGCUCAAAUCCAAUCCAACUGAAAAUGAAGAAAAGGAAGCUCAGUCUCAGCUUAUGAAAUCUGAUGAAAUGCAACGUUUGCGCUCACAAGCACUUGAUGCUUUCGAGAAUGCAGAUUAUACUGCUGCUAUAACCUUCCUUGAUAAGAUUUUAGAGUUAUCCUGUUCUCUUUUGGAACUGAACAGUUCAGUUCUGAUUUCUCCUCUUCAACCUAUUUUGACAGCUAUUCAGGAUUAUGAAGCUGCUCAGGAGCACAAUGAAAAUGACCAGCAAAUCCGAGAAGGUCUAGAGAAAGCACAGAGACUAUUGAAACAGUCACAGAAACGAGAUUAUUAUAAAAUCUUGGGAGUAAAAAGAAAUGCCAAAAAGCAAGAAAUCAUUAAAGCAUACCGAAAAUUAGCAUUGCAGUGGCAUCCAGAUAACUUCCAGAAUGAGGAAGAAAAGAAAAAAGCUGAGAAAAAAUUCAUUGACAUAGCAGCUGCUAAAGAAGUCCUCUCUGACCCAGAAAUGAGGAAGAAGUUUGAUGAUGGAGAAGACCCCCUGGAUGCCGAGAGCCAGCAGGGAGGUGGAGGCAGCCCUUUCCACAGAAGCUGGAACUCAUGGCAGGGGUUCAACCCCUUCAACUCAGGAGGACCAUUUCGAUUUAAAUUCCACUUCAAUUAAACCAUUUUUCUGCUUUUUUCCUUUUUUUUUUUUUAAGAUUAAAAACAAACCUUGUUCUGGGAUCCUAAUGAAAAAAAAAAGUCAAAUAUUUCAGUUUGUCCAUGACCAAAGAGUUGUUUUAAUAGAAAAAAGGCUGCUCCUACAUAUUUGAAACUUAAGGUUGGUGAUGUAUGCGGGCAGGGAGGUAGGAAAAGUUCUGUUUCUGACAGAGUAGCCCAUGCUCAUUUCUGAAUGUUGGGGAGACGUGGUCUGAGGCAGCUCACCUAUGGAGGUGCUCACAGUCUGUAUUUUUCCACAUUGGAGCAGGUAGAGCCUUCUGUUCUCAGCCUUGCCUAGCACCUGUAGGAGCUGGAAUCCUCAUGGGGGUGUGUUUCAGUAUUCUUACAGAGGACGAACAGUUGUGCUGUUAUGUUCUUUAGGGACAAAUAUGCUUAGACUUUGGUCAGUGCAGUCACUUGCAAGUGUGAAAUCCCUGUGCCUCUUUGAAUAUGUAAGCAUUUACUCCUGUGCUAGAGCCAACACAGCGGUCACUGGGGAGAGAGCAGAGUCCAUGGUAAAUUUGUUACCCAAUAGUAAUCAGCAUGUUCAGGUAUAAACUGGACUGGUUGAGGAUAUAGUCAUGGUUAUUGCUGAAUAUUUGCAGAAUUCCAACUUGAAUUUAAUUGUAAAAACCAAUGGGCCCUUUUGUUUUAACAUUAAAUGGAAAAACUAAAAUAUAUAAAAUAGAUUCAGAUAGUGUGAGUAGUAGUAUUUAAAAUAUUGCUGAGGUUCAUUUUAAACAAAUGACUUCUGAAUUAUAUACAAUUUCUAUGCCCAAAUUGGCUUAGAAAGGUAAAGUUGCUCAGUCAGUAUAAACACAGCAUGCAUGAUUCCCCCUUGAAGCAAUACAAGCGGGCAGCUUCUCCUUCCCUUCUUUGUCAUUGGGUCAGCCCUGUGGGAUGUGCUGCUUCCUGGUGCCUUGGCUGUCGGCUGCCCUGAGCAGGUCUGGAUGCUGCCAGUGGUCUCUUGCCUCAAAUUCUACAGGCUUGUGAUUCAGCCUUCUUACAAAAUAAGACAAAGGCAAGAAAUGUACUACUCAGUCUGGAUAUACUAGAUAAUUUUUGCCCUAAAAAAUGAGUGUUACUAAAUCAAGAAUGUUGAAAAUUUAUGGAAAUACUGAUGCUGCAUUUAAAAUCUAAGAGAUGAGAAUUAUUGCCUUUAUUUUAGAAAGGUUUUUGUUUCUGUCUUGAAGCCUUUUGUAACAUUUUAAGCAUUAAAGGGUCUACUAUAUUGUCUUUAUGAAAUUAAGCAUUUUGUUAUGGGAGGCAGUUUGACUCUGAAUGUCUGUAGUAGCCAAGCACAAAUGGUCGUCUUUUAUCCUUAACCCUUGUGUAACAAGACUUUUUGACAUUAAGAAUUUAGUUCAGAUGGUUUUAAUUGAGCCAAACAUUUAAGUGCUUUUUUGCAUCUCCCUUGGAAUUUAUUUCUUACCAAUCAGCUUAACAGUUCAUUUUUGAAACUAUUGGACACCUUGUAGCUUUCAUUUCUAAAAUUUUAGGUCAGUGUAAAAAUAAUUCCCAAGCUAGUUCACUUUUGUCUAUUCAUUUACUGUUGGUAAUCACAGUCCUUCGCUAGUUAUGUGACUGUUUUUCAAUCUGGCUCCUUUUGUGAUGGCGUCAAUGACCUCUGAAAUACAGCGGUGGUCUCUACUCUCAAAUGUGAGGAUUUGCAUAGUUGGAGCACAGGAAACAUGAAGUCACUUAUUCCUCCAUCUGGAGAAAGAGAAAAGUUGCCAAGAUUGAGGAGCCAGAGCUAGCUGUGGGAUGUUCAAGGGUUGGGCCACAUGGGAAAUGCUUCUAAUCUGUUUGCCUCAACUUGCUGCCCAGCGGGAUUUGCAUUUUAAUCCCCCCAUUUGUAACAGUCAGAACAACUGUGGAUAUAGUUAUCAACUGAAAUGUGCAGAAGUACUUGCCUGUGAAGAGGAAGAGGAAGCCUUGGUGCCAGGUGCUAAGUGCCAAUGCCGUGGAAGAAGCGAGGUCUCUGGAUUCUGGUGCUUUGCUGAUGGAGAGAAUGGCCUUUCGGUUCCAGCCUGGAUGGCCAUCCCGAGUCAUCUGGUGUCCACCCACGUGGACUCUCCUCAGCAGUGACUGAAAAUCCUGGAGACAUGAAGUCAGAAGCAUCGUCUCUCCCUCCUGCCUACAUUGGGUAUCAUGAGAUGUGUAAACAUUACUGAAAUAGCUUUUUCCUCCUUUUCUUUCCUUUUGUAGGGCCACUUCUUUAGUUCAGUCUGUUCCUAGAGACUGCAGGUACCAGGUUAUUUUUGUGGCAAUUCUGGGAAAAAUAAGAGGUAGCUCUAGCUGAAUUCUUCUAGGUUCUAAUGCACCCCUCUCUUUUGGUGAUCUCCAGGAGCACAGUGUCUUGGGUCUAGGUGCUGUGCACGCUCUCUAGAACAGCAAGUAUUAAAUAUAGCCUGUGAACACAAAGCUUACAAAGGGAAUCUGCAUUGAAUUCAUUCCUCAGUUCUGCAAGUUUGUGCUUUCAUACCAUGAAUAGAUGAAAACCAGAAAAUGAUGUCCAUAGUUUACUAUUGUGAAUUGGAGGUGACAUAUUAAGUUUAAAAUAUUUUCCCCUUUAGUAGGUGUUAAAAGUUUACUUUUAAAUAUCAAUAUGGGAAAACAGGUUAUGGAGCGACCUCUGAUAAUGGAAUCUAAACAAACUACUCAUGAUUUUUUUAACAGAAAAAUACUGAUAACCAAGUUUUUAUUAAAAAAAAGUAGAAUAAUUUGAGAUUGGCACCAUUUUCUAUUGUUGGUUGUAUAAAGAAAUUUUUCUUUUUCUUUUUGGUGGCGCUGGUGUUAGACUUGAUGCUUGUUUAGCUCACAUGUUGAGCUUGAGUCACAACUUUAGUCCUUUCGCUGGUCUUGAAGACUUUUCUCUUGGGUUGCAGGCCUUCAGAUUUCAGCCUCCUGAGUAGCUUGGGUUACAGGUGCAAGCCAUUGGAGCCAAGGAAUAUUUUUUUUAUAAGUACCGUGUGCGCUAACCGAUUGCGCCACUGGAGCUCCAGGAAUAUUUUUCUUUUAAAGGUUUGCAAUUGGUCUAAGUUGAACUGACAUUACCAUGAAGAAAGUAUAACAUGCAAAAAUUAAAAAUAUGUCUUAGUUAACUCUGUCAGAACCAUUUGCCUUAAAGAUACAGGGCACUGGUGAUGGACAUAGAUGGCUGGUGAUAUUUUCAGUGAGUACACAUCUAUGAGAUAACUUAAAGAAAGAUGGCACCUUCCUUGAAUUCAGUUGACUUUCAUAGUUACAAAGGAAGGCAAAUGCUAAUUUGUCAACCAUGAUUAUCUCUGUUCUAGAUCAGAUCAUUCCUUUUAUGUUAGUGGCAGAGUUUAAUUUAUUCUGUAGUUUCAAGUGAUGUUAAGGGGGGAAUACUUUUUAACAGAUGAUCUCAUUUGCUGAAUGAUUUAAGAGUAAAAUUAGCCACUGCGUGGCUUCAUGUACAGUAACAACAGAUUCUGUUGUACUCGUCUGUGGAUAAAACACCUACCUGAAGAGGAAAGCAGGGCACAGAGGAGGUCGAAACUAGAGAUACUUGAGAAGUUAAAUUAUUACUCUUACCCUAAGGGUCUGGUUUGUUUUGAAUGAGACAUGGUUAACUUAAUCCAUCUCAAUUUAGUAGAAAGGGAACUGAACGUUAAUUGAAAUGGCUCUCAACACAUGUCUACAAAUAUGGGUACUAUUUUUAAUGCCCGUGUAUUUUCACAUUUAAUAAAAAUAUUUAUGGUCAUAUCAGUA